AUGCCGUUAAUGGCAAGUGGCCGACGUUCCGCUUCCGAUCAGGGCGGUUCCUCUGAUGAAGAGAUGAAACAAAUCGAAGAAAAGCCCGGUGAAGAGGAAGAAGAAGAAGAGGGAGAAGGCGAAGAGGGAGAAGAAGAAGAGUAUGUGGUCGAAAAGAUUUUGGAUCACAAGUAUGAAGAUGGGAUCCUGAAGUACAAGGUUAAAUGGAAGGGCUACGAAAAGAAAUCUGAUCAGACCUGGGAGCCUGAAGACACUUUGGAAGAACUUGUUGCACUAGAGGAGUAUCUUUUGGUGAUCGGCGGCAGGCCUUCACAGACACCUGGUAAAAGAGGUCGCAAAUCCACAGGCGGUGCCUCUACGCCGGCGCCGAAGAAAACCCGUGUCAAGCAGGAGACUGCCGGGGAGGACGAGUGGGAUCCCCCAGCUGGUAGUUGGGAAGACGACGUUAGAAUGAUUGAGACUUUGGAACGCAAUGGUGGAGAUCACGUUUGCUAUAUCCAAUGGGUCAACGGCCGACGAAGUCAGCAUCCUCUGCACGUUGUUUACCAGCGUUGCCCGCAAAAGAUGCUCAAGUUCUACGAAUCUCACUUGGUUUUCCGUGAUUCUGCUGGGACUAUCAAAACGGCGCCGCAGUAG